AUGCGAUCUUUCUGUCAACUAAUUUUAUUUUCAGUUUUUUUAAUUAAAUAUUCUUCAAGUAAAUAUAUUUUCUGUACAUCAAAAUGUAGUAAAAUAAUUGUUCCAUUUAACAAAUCCUUAUGGAUACCUGUUGCAUGUCAAGAAAAUACAGAUAUUUAUGAUAUCGCAUUAAUUUGUACCGUUCAUUAUCGUAUUGAUUAUGAUGCAAAACAUGUUUAUAUCGAUUUUAUAGCUAGCAAUGAUACAAAUAAUGUAAGAGAACCUUAUCAAACGGAAUUUUUAAUUCAAACAGUAUGGUUAGGUUUUAAUGAACAAUCUGGUCAACCAAAUAUAACAGAUCGUCAAUACGAAUGUAAUACACAAAAUGAUUGUGCACGUUUAUUUUAUUUAAGUACGAUUCAACGUUUAAUUACUGAUGGAAAAUUACAAUUAGAUGAAAUUCGUUCAAAAUUAUAUAAAUCACGUUUACCAACAAAUAAAUCAAAACAUUAUUAUUGUAAAGAUAAUAGUAAAAGAGGUAACAAAUCAGCAGUGAUAUGUAAGAGUGGUUUAUGUUCUGCAGAUAAUACAAAUAUGGAACAACAUUGUGCCAAAGAUAAUUCACCAACUUUAUUUAGUAAUAUAGAAUAUCAUGUACCAAGAUUAAUAAAACAUGAAAAAGAAGUUAUACAAUAUAAAUGUAACAAAAAUUUAUGUAAUAAAAAUGAUAUGAUCGUAAUAAUUAAUCAACAUCUUCGAAAUUAUACAUAUUGGUAUAAUAUGAGAGAUGACAGAUCAAUUCCAAUCGCAACAAAAUCACUAACAAUUUGUCGAACUGUACCUUAUUAUUUAGUAAUUCUAUCUUCGUUAUUUUGCUUUCAUGUAAACAUUUGA